CCUUCUGGAAACAAGACUGUCGUCUUCCCUGCAGCAUUCAACCUGUCUAUGGAGCACAGCAUCCUCCGCUGGAUCCCCGCCUCACCAAAAACUUCAUCAAGGACCGCUCCAAGGCCAACGCGCUGCCUAUGAAAAGCAAGAAGGCCUCCAGCUUCCAUGAGUUUGCCCGCAACACCAGUGAUGCCUGGGACAUCGGUGAUGAUGAAGAUGAGGACUUCUCCUCCUCCUCUUCUUCUUUGCAAACUCUGAACUCUAAAGUGGCCAAGGCCACGGCAGCCCAGGUUCUGGAGAACCACAGCAAGCUGCGGGCGAAACCCGAGCGGGCCCAGUCCGCUCUCGGUGACGUACCCACCAACUGCAAGGUCAUCAAGUCCAGCAGCGAGGCCCAGCUCUCCAGGACAUCUGAGGAGGCCUGUGUGCGGACCCCCCUUCAGAAGCAGCAGUCCCUUCCCCUUCGGCCCGUCAUUCCACUCGUCGCCCGAAUCUCUGACCAAAAUGCUUCGGGUGCUCCCCCCAUGACGGUGAGGGAGAAAACCCGCCUGGAGAAGUUUCGGCAGCUUCUUUCCAGCCACAACACGGACCUGGAUGAGCUGAGGAAAUGCAGCUGGCCUGGGGUGCCCAGAGAGGUCCGGCCUGUGACGUGGCGUCUCCUCUCAGGUUAUCUCCCCGCAAACAUGGAGCGGCGAAAGCUGACUUUGCAGCGUAAGCGAGAGGAGUACUUUGGCUUCAUCCAGCAGUAUUACGACUCCCGGAACGAGGAGCACCACCAAGACACCUACCGCCAGAUCCACAUCGACAUUCCAAGGACCAACCCACUCAUCCCCCUCUUCCAGCAACCGCUCGUCCAGGAGAUCUUUGAGAGAAUCCUGUUUAUCUGGGCCAUUCGACACCCGGCCAGCGGCUAUGUACAGGGAAUCAAUGACCUGGUCACUCCGUUCUUUGUUGUGUUCCUCUCUGAGUAUGUGGAGGAGGAGGACGUGGAGAACUUUGACGUGACAAACCUGUCGCACGAUGUUUUACGGAGCAUCGAAGCCGACAGCUUCUGGUGCAUGAGCAAGCUGCUGGACGGGAUACAGGAUAACUACACCUUCGCACAGCCGGGGAUCCAGAAGAAAGUCAAAGCCCUGGAGGAGCUGGUCAGCCGGAUCGAUGAGCAGGUACAUAAUCACUUUAGGAAGUACGAGGUCGAAUACCUGCAGUUUGCCUUUCGCUGGAUGAACAAUCUGCUUAUGAGGGAGCUGCCUCUUCGCUGCACCAUCCGCCUCUGGGACACCUACCAGUCGGAGCCAGAAGGUUUCUCACAUUUCCACCUGUACGUCUGCGCAGCCUUCUUGAUCAAGUGGCGGAAGGAGAUCCUCGAUGAGGAAGACUUCCAA